AUGAUCGUGGGUGAACAAGAUCCAACGACAGCUCAGCCACCACCGCUACCUGGAGGCGCCGGCGUCUUUGGUGGUCGCCUGACCGAAGACGCCGAGAAUAAGACUUCAGGUGAAGAGAUGCGAGGCAUCGCUACGGAGAGGGAGGCUGGUGAAGAAGAAGCGGAAGUGUGUUUCAUCUGCGCCUCUCCCAUCGACCACCAAAGUGUAGCACCUUGCAACCACCGCACAUGUCACAUCUGUGCCCUCCGCCUCAGAGCACUAUACAAGACGAAAGCAUGUGCGCACUGUCGCACGGAAGCCGCCACAGUCAUCUUUACGGACGAACCCGAAAAGCGAUUCGAAGAUUACGAGGAGAAGGAUUUCUUCCGCAAGGACGCCAAUCUCGGCAUCAGUUACGAGAAGCCAGAGAUCUUCGAAGACACUGUGCUUCUAUUGCGCUAUAACUGCCCAGAUUCAGGCUGCGACGUAGCUUGUAUGGGCUGGCCAGAUCUACACCGCCAUGUUCGCAGUGUACAUCAGAAAGUCAUGUGCGAUCUUUGCACGCGGAACAAGAAGGUAUUCACGCAUGAGCACGAGCUCUUCACGAAGGAGGAGCUUCGCAAGCAUGAGCGGUACGGUGACGACAAUCCUGGUGCUGUCGAUCAAAGUGGCUUCAAAGGCCAUCCGGAGUGCGGCUUCUGCAGGCAGAGAUUCUAUGGUGAAGACGAGCUCUAUGCGCAUUGCAGAGACAAGCAUGAGCGCUGCCAUUUGUGCGAUCGAAGGUCGAACGGUCACAAUCCGCAGUACUACGUCAACUACGAUGCACUUGAGCAGCACUUCACUCGCGAUCACUACCCUUGUAUGGACCAGGAGUGCAUGGAGAAGAAGUUCGUAGUCUUCGACUCGGCGAUGGAUCUAAAAGCGCAUCAGUUGGAACAGCACCCCAAUGGCUUGUCGAAGAGCAGAGAUGCGAGGCGAGUAGACCUUUCUAACUUCGACUACAGACCGCAAUAUCAAGAAGAGCGCCGAGGCAACCGGCGUAGUGGUAGAGGUAGAGAUCCAAACAUGGAGCCUAUGCCGGCACCAUCUGGAGCCCACUUGAGCCGUGCCGAGCUUGCGCAUCAGCGUGAGCGCGAGGUUCAGAGUGCGCAGUCUGUUACGAGCCGGACCUUCGGCGGACGACUGACGCAGCAAGAACCGCAAACGCAGACAGUGCAGCGGCCACCCCAAAGUCCACGUACUGACGCUGCGCUACCUUCCGACGCAGCCUUGCACGAUCGACCACCGGUCAGCACGCCAACUUCGCCACGUCCAGCCGAAGCGCUCACGCCACAAGAGCAAGCUCGUCGUUUACGCCAUGCAGCCGUGAUCGAGCGCGCCGCCAACCUUCUGCACAAUGACCAGGUGAAGAACGCAGAGUUUCGUGAGCGCAUCUCCGCUUUUCGCACUGACCGCAUCGUGGCUGGCGAUCUGAUUGACGCCUUCUUCGCGCUCUUCGAUACAUCCUCCGCCGAACUCGGCAAGCUCAUCAAGGAGCUUGCAGACAUCUUCGAGAUCCCUGGCAAGCGUGAUUCGCUUCUUAAAGCCUGGGCGGAUUGGAAAGCCAUCAACGAAGACUACCCGACACUUCCUGGACCAGCCGGCGCGAACGUGACAACCGCCGCAGGUGUGCUAGGACAAGGUGUUGGCGCAAGCAGGGUGCUCAAGCUGAAGAGCUCAACGGCGCAGAGCGGACGCAGCGUGAACGCUACACCUCGAACAUGGACCACAGCGGCCGGUUCACAUGCUCGUGCUUCCGCUGCAGGACCGUCCUUUCCGUCUUUGCCUCUGAACCGUAACGGCACGUCAGGUCAUGCCAGUCCAGCGCCAACGCCAGGCUGGCUAGCUCUGCGACCUGCGAAUGGCGCAUCUAACUCGAGCUCAACCCGACCUUCUCCCACCCCGUCGCGCACUCAGUCGUCAGCCAACUUAGCUCGCGGCGGCCAUGCAUUCCCUGCGCUACCUGCGGCGAAAAAGCCAACCUCUGCGAUCUUUAGCCCCGGCUACACUGGCGCUGGCGUUAUUAGAACUAACGCCAACUUUCCGGUAAAUGCUUGGAACGCGCAGACGGCGGCAGCUGAGGAGGGUGUGGCGGAGAUUGGGGCUAAUGGUGAAGCAGACGCGGGUGCAGGGAAGGGUAAGGGAAGGAAGAAGAAACAGGUCGUGCUGCAAUGGGGAUGA